GCGGGAGGCUGCUGCAGGCCCUGGCCCGCCCUGGUCCCUGUCCGUCCCUUCCUCCUAGACGCCCAUUACUCGGGGAGCGGGCCGGGCUGAGGGGGAGCAGCCCGGCCGCCCCGGGGCUCAGGGCAAGGGGGCGGACAUGGGCUUCUUCCCACAUUGCGCGCUGCGGAGCCUCUUGGGCCCCGGGCGCGUGCAGGGCACUCGCCGCAUCCCGGGUACGAAGCAGCUGCUCCUAUCCCUGCCCCACGGAGGAGUGCCUAGCUCUAUUAUGCUCCGCUACAGCUCGGGGGGACUUAUUAGAACCCAGGAGCGGACACUAAUCGCAGUAAAGCCAGAUGGUGUUCAGCGGAGGCUCGUUGGCGAUGUCAUUAGGCGCUUUGAGAGACGAGGGUUCAAGCUGGUGGGCAUGAAGCUACUACAGGCCCCAGAAAAAGUCCUUGCUGAGCAUUACCAUGACCUGAAGAAGAAGCCCUUCUAUCCAAACUUGAUCAAGUAUAUGAGCUCUGGUCCUGUGGUUGCUAUGGUCUGGGAAGGGUACAACGUGGUCCGCACCUCUAGGGCCAUGGUAGGGAACACGGACUCGGCAGACGCUGCCCCUGGCACCAUCCGAGGAGAUUUCAGCGUCCACAUCAGCAGGAACGUCGUCCAUGCCAGCGACUCGGUGGAAGUGGCCCAGAGAGAGAUCAGCCUGUGGUUUCAUAGCAGUGAGCUGGUGGAUUGGAACUGCUGCAGUCACAGCAACCUGUACCAUGUGUGAGGGAGGGUCUCCGCCCACCCCCACCCACCCUGACCCCAGACCCAGGAGCAACUACCUCUGCCAAUGAGAAUGCUACGCUCUUCCCUUCCUCCUGCCUCCCUCCAAGCUCCUGCCAUCUCGCUGGCUUGUGUCCCUUUCCCCCACUGCAGGCCAGAGACCUCUCUGGUGCCAAAUAUGUGCCUUUCCUCUCCAUGGCCCAGCCUUUGAAGGACUGAGGCUGAUCCUCCCCCAUCACAGUGCCAGCCAGUCAACCUUGAGGGCAAUUGCCUGUAAGCAGAGAUGAUGAUGACUAUUAAAGAAGACACAUUAAAAUUCA